AGGAAGCAACAACACUUGAGAGAGAACCCAAAACACAGACACACAGACCACACACAGGGCGAGUGAGAGAGAGAGUGGCUGAAGUGAUGGUGUGGUCUACGAGCAAGCAACAAGGAGGAGAUCAAGAAGAACCCAAGCAGCACAAAAUGGUAAAAGAGGUGAAGAAGAGUGAGACACCCAUCUUCACGUAUCAGCUCCCCUUCCAUUCUCUUUCCCUUAACAAAGUCAAGAACAUCGAGGUCGACCGCUUGAGGCUGUCCUUCCCGACGGCGAAAAACUCUACGCUGGUCCCCGUUGAUUCCGGUUCUGAUGAAGAGAGUGACGAAGAUCAAGGCUGUUCGGACAUCGACGACACUGUAAACAGUAUAGGUGGACAAAUGACCGUCGAUAAGCCUAUGGACGAAGGGUUAGAUCGCAUCUGUAGUGGUCUGCAUGCUAUUCCCAGGAAAAAUAAAGCAAGAUCGGCCAAGAAAAGAUCCCAUAAGCUCAGCUCUAGGAAGUUCUACAAAAUAUUCAGCUGAGGGGCCUUUUUAUUGGAGUGUAUAAGGGAUCUCGAGGACUGGCUGAAUUCCGAUAGCCUCCUCUUUGGUCAAAGUGUACAAUUUGGAUUUCUUUGCUGAUUCUCCAUACAUUGGAAAAUUUGUACGCGUCCAUGUAUAACUUCUGAUC